CAGACACUCAUCGGUCUAUCAUUCAUACUGCGACCUUCGUGCUGUAUUGUCUCAGCGUGUUCUAAGUCUGUACAGGCUGCAAGCCCGCCUCAUUGCGUACGGCAACCUCAGUCGUUGAACGCAACAGCUAGCGUGUCGUACUUGUGAACGAAGUGUACCUGCAAGUCUCAGAUCCCUUUGUGAGAACACCUUGAAGUAUUGUCUCUGCGAUGUGAUGACAAGUUGACCCCAUAGGAGGCGACACAUCCUGCCUGAUGGAACCACAAACACUGCAUAUCGCGCUGCCACCCGAACUAUGGGACCCCAUCGUCGACGAACUGUCGUCUGACCGCUCAGCCCUCCGGGCAUUCAGCCUAACACAGCGUGCAUGGGUCGCUUCGACCCGGCGGCGCCUUUUCAAGGCGAUCGAGCUGAGGGGCACCGAGCGCUGUGAACGCUUUCGAGACAUCCUCAUUUCAUCUUCGUCGGUCGGUACGGGUGUGGCGCAGUGGGUAUCCGACGUCACACUCAGCGUGGUCCGCCUGCGUCUCGACGUCCCCGAGGACGCGGAGGCGUCCGAUAUACCACUCCUGGAGGAGACGCUCUCGAGGCUGCCCAACGUGGACAGUCUACAACUGUACGACGUGGAUGUCAAAUGCGGGCCGGAGAGUCAGACCGACGGCGAUGCCAGGCUAGAGGAGGGAUACCCAGAUAGGCCGCUUCGAUCGUUGUUCACCUUACCGAAGCUGCGUUUGCUGGCCCUCAAGUCAAUCUCGUUCGGAUCACCCUUUGACACGAUGCUUCUGAUCUCUGCUUUUCCGCAAAUCUCUUCGUUGAAUUUCCUAUACCUGUAUCAUCCGUGUCUGGAUGUGGAUCCGACACACUGGCCGCCUCAGCUACCAGAGAACAGCAAGAGGGAGGAUAACCGCAUAAUCAUCACUAUUCGAGAGUUGAUUGUUGCCGGGGUUGCCUCUUUGACGGAGGCAGUGCGCUUGUUGGCUGCGCUGAAGGAACCACCCUUCACAUGUGCUUUACAAAAGCUUCUUUGGUCCCUAUACUCGUCGCGUGAUGAUGAGACUGCCCUAGUGAGGACAGUGGGAGAAGCUGAGAGCACCCUAGAAGAUCUGGAAAUUCAAUGUAACAGGGCUGAAUCCGAUCUACUCGGAAGGCUGGAUCUGUCCCGGCAUUCCCGCCUCAAGUCCCUGUGUCUCGGUCUCACUGGCCGCUCAUUCAAAGUUGACACGGACAUCACUACUUUCUACCUUUCGCUUCCGCCAUUUCUCGUUCGCACCCCUACCAGCCUGCGUGUCCUCCAUCUUCCCUUCGGAUACCUGUCACUAUCUCCAGAUGGCACCCCACCAUGGAACUUCAUGAAUUGGCCUAGUUUCGACGAAGCGCUCACGCUCCUGCACAAGAGAAAUCCACUCUUGGUCGUGUACAUGCCCUUCCGCUAUACUUUACGGCAGGAUGGCCACUUACCAGAGGUUGCACAGCCAUUAGCAUUGCGGAUCCCCUCCGCUGAGCGCGAAGGACUGCGUGUCCGCCUGGCAGUGAGUGGUUACAUUCCUGAAGCUGGAAGGAUCGUGUACGUACCGGAGGAGUACCACUGGCUCUAGAUAAUAAAUGCGCAGGUCUACUUACUGGUUUCUGAUCUGGAUUCAAUCACGCCGCUUUGAGCAGCUACCACCG